CCUUGUACUAAAUAUUACUUAAGUGCUUCAUUAGGUGAUGUUUUGUGGAGCAUGAAAACUAUGGCAUUGAAGUGUUAUAACAUGUUGGUCCUUCUAUUUUUGCUUGUGAAUAUGAGCUUUUAUGGAAAUAUUGUAGCUCAAAAAAAUGGCUUAGGAGCUUCUUUCAUCUUUGGAGACUCUUUGGUGGAUGCAGGAAACAAUAACUAUCUUUCAACUCUUUCUAAGGCAAACAUUCCUCCUAAUGGAAUCGAUUUUAAAGCUUCCGGAGGAAACCCUACUGGCCGUUACACCAAUGGAAGAACCAUUGGUGAUCUAGUAGGAGAGGAAUUGGGACAACCAAACUAUGCUGUCCCAUUUUUAGCUCCAAAUGCAACUGGAAAAUCAAUACUCUAUGGAGUUAAUUAUGCUUCAGGAGGAGGAGGAAUUCUUAAUGCAACUGGAAGAAUAUUUGUGAAUAGGAUAGGAAUGGAUGUUCAAAUAGAUUACUUCACCAUAACAAGAAAACAAAUUGACAAACUUCUUGGUGCAUCCAAAGCAAGAGAUUUCAUAAUGAAGGAAUCAAUUUUCUCCAUCACUGUUGGAGCCAAUGAUUUUCUCAACAAUUAUCUUCUCCCGGUUCUUUCCGUUGGAGCAAGAAUUUCUCAGAGCCCAGAUGCUUUCGUAGACGAUAUGAUUAAUCAUUUCAGGGCCCAACUCACGAGACUUUACAAAUUGGAUGCUAGAAAGUUUGUGAUAGGCAAUGUUGGUCCAAUAGGAUGUAUACCUUACCAAAAGACUAUCAAUCAAUUGAAUGAAGAUGAAUGUGUGGAUUUAGCUAAUAAACUUGCAAUUCAAUACAAUGGUCGAUUGAAGGAUAUGCUUGCUGAGCUAAAUGAUAAUCUCCCUGGAGCCACAUUUGUCCUUGCAAAUGUCUAUGAUUUAGUCAUGGAACUCAUUAAAAAUUAUGAUAAAUAUGGAUUCACAACAUCAAGUAAAGCAUGCUGUGGAAAUGGAGGGCAAUUUGCUGGGAUAAUUCCAUGUGGACCAACUUCAAGUAUAUGCAAUGAUAGAUACAAGCAUGUGUUUUGGGAUCCAUACCAUCCAAGUGAGGCUUCUAACAUAAUCAUAGCCAAGCAGCUACUUGAUGGAGACAAGAGAUACAUAUCUCCUGUCAAUCUUAGACAACUGAGGGAUCUUUAAUUAAUCUUUCAAUUUAUUUUUGUUUUGUUUCUAUAUACUUCCUCAAUUUGUUUUACACAAUUGCAUGCAUACGAUUUCCUUCUAUUUUAUUUUGUUACUUAAUUGUAUUGUAUACUAAAGUGUGUAUGUGCAUCAACACCUUUUGUUGUAGCUACAUCCUUUUAUUUACUUUAAUUAACAAAUUAUACAUAUGUAAGUUUUCCAUUUUAUUUUAUUUUUG